AAGCGGCGAGGCGCCGCCUUCCGCUGGCCCUGCCUCCCCGGGCGGAGCUCCAGGCGGAAGGGCUUGCUUUGGGCCUGGGCCGCAGCGGCGAGAAGGCGACGGGCCGGCAUGGAGGGAAGCUGCGCGCCCGGAGGCUCCGCUGCCGCAGCCUACAAGAAAAUCGUCAUCUUCGGCGCCACCGGCAUGACGGGCCUGGCCACCCUGGCGCAAGCCCUGGAGGCGGGCUACCAGGUGACAGUGCUGAUACGGGAUCCUGUCCGGCUGCCCCCUGAGCUCCAGCCAGCACAAGUGGUGGUGGGAGAUGUGCUGAACCCGGCAGACGUUGAUCGAGCGGUGAGGGGGCAGGACGCCGUGAUCAUCAUCUUGGGCACCCGCAAUGACCUCAGUCCCACCACCAUGAUGUCCGAAGGCACGCGGAACAUCGUGGCCGCCAUGAAGUCCUACGGCAUCAGCAAAGUGGUGGUCUGCCUCUCAGCUUUCCUGAUGUGGGAUCCGGACAAGGUUCCUGCCAAAAUGCAGCCAGUGACCGAAGACCACAUCCGGAUGCAGCAGAUCCUGAAGGAGUCAGGCCUGGACUGUGUCUACGUCAUGCCACCCCACAUUGCAGGUGACCAGCCCCUCACUGGCGACUACACCGUCACUGUGAACACUUCGAGUGGUUCCCGAGUCAUCUCAAAGCAUGACCUGGGGCACUUCUUUCUCAAGUGCCUGACCACAUCGGAGUACGAUGGGAAAAAUGUCUACCUCUCCAGGCAUUAUUCCAAGGAAUGACACCCUCCCCUCCCUCAGAAGGCUGCAAAUCGCUGCUUCAGAUGCAUACCCCCCCCCCCCGCUCCUUGUGCUACUGAAUGACUCCCUGUUCUCACAGAAAGUCCAGGAGGGCAGGAAGUCCAGGAGGGCCCCCCCGGCUGCGCACAGUCCCUGUACGCCAAGGUGCCCCUGAAUCCAAACACAGCUGGGGGUGGGGGGGGCUCUGGGCCGGUGGUCUGCAGUUUCCUUCCCAUGGCAGAAAGGGCUCUUUGGGCAGCCAAGAAUUUUGCUAUACUGAGGAAAGCCCUGGCGCUUGAACAGAUGGUAGAACUAUAGAACAGAUGAUUUAGGUCUCCUGCUGGAGCAGGAGAUUGAAUUAGAAGACCUCAAAAACUCCCUUCCAACUCUAUGAUUCUGUUCUAAGUUGAAGGCAGCAGCCACGCCCCUUCUGUCAGCAGAGAGGAGGUGGGAUGCAAAGGCCACCUUGACAAUUAGGUAUCCAGCUAUAAACAAACCCAUCAGAAGUAGUAAAAGGUUGGAUGACAAGUAACUGAAUUUCCCCGGGUUAAUGUUAACCUUCCUCCUGUGUUGCUAAGAAAUCUUAAUUCAUGUUGAUGCUUGCAAAGUUCUGUGCAACUUGAAAGCAUAAAAAGCAUAAGCAGCUAAUCAAAUAAAUGCUAAACUAUU